UCCACACACUUAUUCAUGUCGUAGCUUCUCCUCUCAUCCCUUCUCGUUUCAUUUUCUAGCCUUUUGCUUCCCAUGGACGGAGCGAAGAAGGACCUGCCGGCCGUCCUCACCCUCCGGCUCAAGCGCCUUCUUAGUCUGCGCGCGUCGGGGAAUGCCCUUUCCUUUGCUUAUGGUUUCUUGACGGCUUUUAUGUUCUUCACACUCCUCCUAGCAAUGUGCAGUCCUGCGAAGGCUCCUUUUUCGUUCUCUUUCUCCUUCUCCAGAACGACCGCCCCUCUCUCUUCUACUUCUUCUUCGGUGUUGGCCGCCUCCUCUUACGCACUCCCUGAUCCCAACGUCUGUGCUUCUGAAAAACUUAAUGACGGCCAUCGCAGCGGAAUGUCCAAGGAAAAAGAACUAAAUUUUGACGAGGUGGAGAUGAGGCAGGUGGACCCGCCUCUCUCGCUCAAGGUCCACGAUGAUGGGAAUGAUUCCAUUCCCUCCGGCAGCUACCAGCGAGAACCAAAUAGCGCUUUUCCAAUUGCUUCCCCGUCGUCCACUGGGAAUCCGACUCAAACUGUUAAUGGAGUUUCCGGCGACGACGCAGGCUCAACUGGCGACAGCCGCCUCCAGUCUCUGGAUGUCGAAGACGAGCUUGAAAAGCUGCUUGUUGCGGCUAAUGAAAGGUACAAUAUCUCGGCGCGAGAACGAGAGAUUUUGCGGCAAUAUCGAUACGGUGGCAACGCGUUCGUGGUCGGUGAUUUGGAGGUGGAGAGAAGUCCAGAUAGCGAGGACAAUAUGACCAGCACCCCCACGGUGACUCUCACCGGGGAAAACGUGGUGACGGAGAGAACUCCAGACAGCGUUACCAAUAUGACUAGCACUCUCAUAGUGACUUUCCCCGAAGAAAACAGCACGUUCACCGGGAACGCCACCAAUUUCGUGAAGCGUGACUUGGAGGUGGAGAUAAGUCCAGACAGCGUUAGCAAUAUGACUAGCAGUCCAACAGUGACUCUCCCCGGAGAAAACGGCACGUUCACCGGCAACGCCACCAAUGUCGUGAAGGAGAACGAUGGUGAUGUCCCUGUAAAGAUUCAGCAAGUUCAACGCAAGCGCAGAGAAGGGAGAAGAGAAGGAAGGAGAGAGGGUAGGAGAUCAGGGUGGCGGAUUAAGACGGGUGUGAGUAGCGAAGGUUGGCGGAUGAAGACUGGUGUGAGGAGUGAAGGCACCGAAAGAGAGAGGCCGUUGAUCACCAAAACGGUCGGCCCAGACAAGUCGAAGAUGGAAUGCGACAUAUUUGAUGGGAGGUGGGUGUGGGAUGAGUCUUAUCCUCACUACCCUGCAGGGUCUUGCCCAUACGUAGAAACCUCCACCAAUUGCUAUCAAAAUGGGCGGCCAGAUAGAAAUUACGAGAAAUGGAGAUGGCAGCCGAAUGGCUGCAAUAUCCCAAGGUUGGAUCCAAAGGAUAUGUUGGAGAGGCUAAGAGGGAAGCGUCUUGCGUUCGUAGGUGAUUCCCUCAACCGGAACAUGUGGAGGUCUCUUAUUUGUCUUCUUUGGAGCUCUCUUGAAGACAAGACAAGGAUGGUUGGAGUGUCCGGCCUUCAUGAACUUGGAACAUCCAAAGCAACUCUAUUCAGAUUUUUGGAUUACCAGUGCACCUUGGAGUUCUUUUGGUCGGCAUUUUUAGUCGACGAACAGGAGAUUUCUCACCCCAAUGGCACUAUCAGAAAAAAGCUCAGGCUCGACAACAUCGCGACUUUUGCGCCAAGCUACAAGAAUGCUGAUAUUUUGAUCUUCAACUCUGGCCAUUGGUGGGUUCCUGCCAAGACCAAUAACGGGAAGGACUUUUUUGAACUCGGAAACAGUAUGUAUGGUUAUCUUGAAAGUAAAAGAGCUUACUUGAUGGCACUCAUGACAUGGGCUAAAUGGAUCGAUGCAAAUGUGAACCCCAACAAGACCAGAGUUUUUUUCAGAGCUUUUUCAAAUGUACAUUACAGAGGUAGGCAAUGGAAUUCUAGUGGACAUUGCCAAAAAGAAGCAGAACCAAUAAUGAACGACACUUACCUCUCUCCACAACCACUGGAAAUGAAGUUGGCGGAGAAGGUUAUCCGCAAAAUGAGAACUCCGGUCACGUAUCUCAACAUAACUAAACUGACAGACUACAGAAAAGAUGCACAUCCUUCCAUCUACACUUCGCCCAAGAUCGUCCGGAAGAAGUAUCAGGACUACACUUCGCCCAAGAUCGUCCGGAAGAAGUAUCAGGACUGUAGUCACUGGUGUCUGCCCGGCAUUCCGGACACAUGGAACGAACUCCUGUACGCGAUGCUAAUAAUGAAGACAAAGCUGGACCAAGCGGAUUAGGUCCAACUGCCCACAGUUCAACUCCGUGGGACCUGCUUGACCAGAACAUUACAUUACACUUACUAUAUUGGUGGUCUAGAUGUACCAUUAAAUUCAAAUUUGAUGACCCCAAGAAAUGUGCAUAUUACAGUUCAUCCCUUGAAUAUCCAAGGCCAGACCUCGUUUUUUUGACAAAAAAUGGCUUCAUAAGUUC